UUCGCCACUCUCUUCCCAAAACGCCAGCUCAUCCAAUUUACAAAUUGCAUUUAGAAUUAAAUAGGAAACCGCCAUGUCGGAGGAAAACAACCACCGCCGCCGCCACCUCUUCCACCGCCACGAGGAGGAGGAAGAAAUUGUUCCCACUGAAACUGAAACUGCCCCAUAUUCCCAAUCUGAAUUCUCCAAAACUUCCAGUUACUCUUCUGACGCCUCUGCUAAUUACACCACUCAAAACAAGGCCGCCGAGUCUGAAAACAAGGUUCCCGACUACGGUAGCAGCUAUAGUGAGUCUGAAAAGAGGGCCACUGAUUUUGGUGGUGGCUAUAGUGAGUCCGAAAUAAGGUCGUCGAGUAUGGUGGAGGCUACAAUGAAUCGAAAGAUAAGACUGCUGAGUACGGUGGGGGCUACGGUGAAUCGAAAGAUAAGGCUGCUGAGUACGGUAGUGGUUACGGUGAAUCACUUGACAAGGCCGCCAAGUACGGUGGUGGCUACGGUGAGUCGGAAGAUAAGACUACUAAGUAUGACGAUUGCACCAAUGAGUCAAAUGAUAAAGUUUCCAAGUACGAUGGUGGCUAUGAUGAGUCCGAAAGUGGUUACAAGAAGGGAUAUGGGGAAGCAAAUGAAGAGGAGAAUCCCGCGGAUGAGGACUACAAAAAGGAAGAAAAACAACACAAGCAUCUAGAGCAUCUCGAUGAGUUCGGAGCUACCGCUGCUGGUGCCUUUGGCUUGCAUGAGAAGCACGAGGCAGAGGACUCAGAAGAUGGGCACAGGCACAAGUUAGGGGAGGAGAUCGCGGCGGCGACCGCGGUGGGAGCCGGUGGCUUUGCAUUUCACGAGCACCGUGAGAAGGAAGAGGCCGAAGAGGCUCGUGAAAAGAAGCACCACCAUAUAUUCUAAACCUCCUUUCUCAACGAUAUCUCUUCUUUCAUCUCUCUUUUAUGUUUAAUUUCUGGUGAAAUAUCGACCAUUUUAAAAUCUAAAAAUAAAAGUGUUUUAGAACUCAAAAAAUGUCGCGUAAAGAAAAAAAAAACGUAUUUGACCAAAGUCGUACUUUUAAAUAAGUAAUAUUUAAAAUACAUGUAUUUUUUUUAAUACCUAAGUUUUAAAACCUACCAUAUUUUUCCUUUAAAUCCUUGUCUUAUAUAUAUAUAUAUUGUACAACGUGUGUGAUAUUGUGAGUGUUUUUUCUUUUGAGUCUGUUUUGUGCUUUACAUAUUUGUUACAGUAUUUGUUUUUAACAUUUAAUAAAUGGGUGGAAUUGUAAUAUGCUAGUUAUGUAAUAAAAUUUAACUUAUUUUCUUUUUUAUUUUUAUGAAA